GCCCCCCGUUUGAACGCCCUGAAGCCACUCGAGAUUGUCGUCGGCCGCGCGUAUUACUGUUCCGCGUUCGGAGCUGGCGCCUUAUCUUCGUACGAUACUACACUUCCCGACAUCCACCGACACGACGGACAAGCCCGAAACUUUCAGAAAGGUGCACGCUUGCAGAGGAUGUAAAGCUCGCGUCAUCCGAGCGAUAGCCCCGCACUCAAGACGUGUCUUCGAGUUGUGGCCGCUGUCCCACUUGCAGAGGCUCCAAGGCUCGUGUCAUCCGACAGAUAGUCCCAAUCAAGACGUGUCUUCGAGUUGUGGUAGACCCACUCAAGACGUGUCUUCGAGUUGUGGUCUCUGUUCAGCUUCUCCCCGAUCCAGCACUCGGGCAUCGCGACGUGCUUCGAUGAACACAAGUCGAAUUAUUACACGGGUUAUUCACAGGAGUCGAUGGUUUUAUGUAUUAGGCCCGGAUGAAAACCUGAAGUCUGAACCCUGAGAGAUGAUCACCAGUCGAGUGUCCGUCUGCAAGAAGUCUACGUCUGGCUACGGGCUAACGGGCGAGGCUUUGUGCGCGCUGUUGGCAAUACUCGAAAUUAGCGGCCAUGCCGUCGGAUCUCUGGGGCGCUGUCUGGACGGCCUUUUGUGGUGGUGGUGCCGCCCACAGCGGCCCGUGAUGCAAAGCUCGGCCGAUGCAACGAGACCGCGACAUCGGUUUCCAAGACGACGGCUGUCGUACCGGCGUUUGGCGAUGAUGCAAAGCUUUGAAAAGAGGGUGGCCUCCCUGUCGGUGCCUCUGAAGUCGAUGAAGAAUCUGUCAUGUCCCGACCUGACGAAGAUCGGCCAGAGCAGUCCCAAAUGCCUGAGCCGCGCUCCCAGCUUCGGAGACUCCCUGGGGAACUGCAGUGACACCAUGUCUGUCUCGGACAUGGGCACGGAUGAUCUCGAAGAAACGCAGUACUCGAGUUUCUUGAAGAACCGGGACCUCCUGAAGACAAACAGAUACCUGGAAGACAGCGACUCCUCCGACUGCAGCCACAUUGAGAUGAGGAUUCCAGCUAUUUCAGAUGAUGACGCAGCCCAAACGCUAAGCGACAAGUCUUCUCAAAACGACUCUGGUUCGCCGAAACUCAAGCCUAAGACCUCCUAUCAACUUAAACACAGGAGAAAAGCUCCGGUGCCUCUGAGUCCACUUGCCCACCAGAGCAAUCAGAUUCCAAGCAUCAAGGUCACUUGUGAGACUCAGUCGCAGCGCUCCAGAAAGUCAAAGCAGACGGCCUGGGCGGCCACGUGGCUGGCCAGUGCGAAGGAAUGGUUGGCAGAGCUGCAGGAAGACUUCUCCGAGUGCUGCCACGUCGAAGUGACGGACUUGCCGCCCAAAGACGACGACGAACCCUUCUCGCUCAAGUACACCAAGGACACCCUCUUCAGAUUCGCGUGCGUCGACAGCUCCCUUAGAGGCGUCCAACACGAGUGCACCAAGCUCAUACACUGGAAGUCACCGCUUCAAACAUUGCUCUUCAUCGGGGCUUUUCUGCACGGACUGUGGGGCGACUAUCUGCUCACACUUCUCCUCUUUGCCAUCGCACUGGGACUCAUCAGAAACUACGUAAACAAAAUGGGUUUUCUUGGACCUAAAGAAGACAUGUUUACGACUGACCACAAGAAGCUUGGCAUUGGAAUGGGAAUCGACAAGGUACCGGCCAUCAUGUCACUCAACAUGAAAAUCGCGAAAAGCUUCCACAUGAUGUCCGACGUCUUUGACAAGGGAAUGAGUCUGUGGACCUGGAGGAGACCGUCAGUAACAAUGAAGGUUCUGGGAUUCCUGCUUUGCGUCGUGGUGUACUCCUUGUUGAGACCAACUUCGGAAGUGAUCAAAGUUCUCGGGACGUUGACCACCGUGAAGGUAUUUUUCCUGGACUACGUGUUCGCGCGCUUCCCCAAGGUGCGCGCCAAGUACGACCUCGCCUGGAUCCUGUGGAACGAGCUGCCCACGGGACCCGAGAUCGAGAGGCAGGCUCGCCAGAGCAAGAAGAAGGAGAAGCUGUCCAAGAAGAAGUCCGACGCUGGCCAAGCACCGGUGAUCACCAUCAACAACAACGUCUGCGAAAGCCGGUCGGGGUCUCCCGUGUCCUUCAGGGAGGAAGAGGCACACUUGCUCAACGGAAUUUUUGGCAUCUCGAGCUCGGAAACCUGCGUCCCCGGUUGGGAACAAGGCAGGAAGUGCACCCUGAUCAAGAAAGAACGGUCGCUAACGUCAGCCUUCCGUAACGGACGCCUCUACCUGACAAACAAUUAUUUGUUGUUUCUGCGCUACAAGAGCCAGCACCCCAAGAACGUCGCAAUCCCUCUCACUAGGAUCAUGAAGUUGGAGAAGGGAAGGCCAUAUUCCUGGAUCCCUGGUGACGGCAUGUCACUAGUGGUAACAACGAGCACUGGCGAUGUCUUCACGUUCGGGGCAGUGAAUAACAGGGAAGACACGUUCAGGAGCAUCGUCGAUCUGGGUCUGCAGCACGGCUUCAGCUGGGCUUCAGCAGCCGAACAACUGUUCCAGACAAAGACAACGGCCACAAGCUAGCUUCGCGACUUGCAACCAUCUCUUUCAUCUGUACAUAGUUCUCAUAUUCAGAGAUCUGCAACACUACUACUUAGGAUCUAGUAUUCAGCACUACAUAAGCGAUCUAUGUUAGUGUGUUGGUAGUCCGACUAGUCACUGUACAUAAGCAAGAGAGUAAGCAACCAGUCGGAGCAAAAUAGAAGUGCAAUGGUCUCAGCACAAGCAGGACGCUGUGGUAGUCUUUCAGUAGACACACUUUAGUGGAGCAUAAGGAGCUACCUUCAAGGCUUGCAUGCUGAGGCAAGGUCCUGCUCCACGAAGCAAAGCGAGCCUUAUGUGUCUUACCUAUGAUUGCUAAGAAUCUCCAUCUUGUGAAAGAUAUGCUCCAAAAAAAGAAGGGUGAACCAUCAUCGAAGAACGUUGCAGGCUCAACAAUUUAUUUGUGAAAUCAUACCCUUUGUACAAUAAUUUAAAGAAAUAAACUGUUACAAAAACAAA